GCAGAGCCUCCCCGGUCGUCGUCGCACACACGUCGCGCAUGCACGGUCGGCGCCCCGGCCACGCGCCCGCGCGCCCGCGUCCCUCUCCGCCCCUUUAACUCCCGGCCCCGCCAUGACAUCUCUUUCUCCCCCAGCUUCGCCUAGCUAGCUGCCACCACCACCCCUCCUCCUCCUCCUAGGCUAGCUCCCUCCGGCACACCCUCUUUUUGCAUGGCGGACCGGCACGGCGAGGGCGGCGUGGCCUCGGCGCGGCGGCCGUGGCGCACAGAUCACCUGGACGACCAGUCGACGACGCUGCUGCAGCGCGUGCAGGCGCACCUCCCGACCACGACGCAGGUGGUGGGCGUGCUGACCCUGCUGAUCGCCGGCGCGGCGCUGCUGGCGCUGGCGGGGCUGACCCUCACGGGCGCGGUGGUGGCGCUCGUCUUCCUGGGCCCGCUGGCGCUGCUGACCAGCCCCAUCUGGGUGCCGUUCUCGUUCGCGCUCCUCGUGGUCGCCGCGGCCGCGCUCUCCUUCGUCGGGUUCGCCGUGGCCGCCCUCGCCGCGGGCACCUGGGCGUACCGGUACUUCACGGGGCGGCACCCCGUGGGCGCCGACCGGGUGGACCGCGCGCGCAGCCGCCUCGCCGACACCGCCAGCCACGUCAAGGACUACGCCCGCCGCGAGUACGGCGGCUACCUCGGCAACCGGACCAAGGACGCCGCCCCCGGCGCGUGAUCCGGCCGUCACCACCGUCCGUGCCUGCGUGCGUGCACGUCGAUCGCCGCUAGAUCCUUACGAUAUGUUUCUUUUUUCUUUACGUCUCUGUACUCCCCCAGCUGUUGGUAAUGUCGUCGUCUUCACUUCACGUGUAUGAACUACUAUUAGUUUCAUCU